UGUCUCAAAACCAGGAACACUGCAGAUAUCAAGACAGAUGAACAUGCUAAAGGUGACAAAGAACUUGAAAAGUCUUCAGGCACCACUAAGCCUGGUAUUAAGGCACCUGAAGAAGAAGAGGGGAAGGAAGAAGUUGAGAAAUCUUCAAAGAGAAAUCGUUGGGGAGCCCAAAAUCCUACAGGUGACACAUCUUCAAAACCUGAACCAGUAGAAAGUGACACAUCAUCUAAACCUAAAAAAUCAGAUGUAAAGGACACUAUUUCUGGUGCAGAGCCUCAAAAACCAGACUCAGAAAGUACUGAAAAACUUCCAAUCCCAGAACCAAGGGACUUGCAAGAAAGCAAGACUGUGAAAAGUGAGGAAGUGUCAUUAAGUAGGCGAUUUGGUGCCAGGAAGUCAUCAGAUGAUUCCAAAUCUCAGGAGAGUAAAACCAGGGAUCAAGAAGACACAGAAAGACCCGCAACUAAAACCAGACGAUGGGGAUCAAAAUCCUCUAAAGACUCCAGUUCAAAGUCAGAAGACACAGUUGCUGAAGCCGAUUCAUCAAAAACUGAAGAGAAAACCCAAGAAUCAGAAAAGACUGAACCCAAAGCUGCAGAACUGAUACCUGAAGACAAACCAGCCGAUUCCACUUCACCAAAGAGAGCCGAUUCCCCACCCAGGAGGGGUAGGAGAUGGGGUGCCAAGAAAAACGACACACCAAAAGAAAAGGAUGCAGAUGAUUCCAAGAAGGAAAAGGUGGAAGAACCUGAAGCCAGAUCAGACAAGCCAGAUUCAACAGAAGAUUUAGACAGGAGCCAACAGAAAGUUGUUUCUGAGGCUGAAGAAGAGAAAGAAGCAGAGGCAAAGGACAACAAGCAGACGCCAGUUAAGAAGGUCCCUAUGUCUGUACAGAGUAGUAUCAACAGACGCCUGUCAACAUCAUCGGAAGAGUCGUCGUCUGAGGAUGAAGAGCAGAAGGAGAGGGAUGGGGAAUCCAGUUCAGCGAAGUCCUCAUCCGAGUCAUCAUCUGAGAGUGAGGAGUCUGAUGCUGAUGAUAAUAAUGAGGAUGAUGAUGAUGAUCGUAGUAAAGCCAUGGAUGCCGAGGAGACUGAAGAUUCUGAGAGUAAACGCGAAGCUGACAAGGCCGAGGAGGCAAGGAAGGCAGCAGCCGUAGCAGAAGUGGUGGUACCCCCUCGACGAAGAAAUCUACUCUCCAGCUCUAAUAAAGGCAAGGAGGACGAGUCGGAGGAGAAGGAGAACAUGGCAGGGGACAAGAAGGACCGCCCGGUCAAGAAGAGGAAGUGGGGAUCAUCGAGUGCAAAGUAUGCCAAGAAGUCAACCAGUGUUGAGAUCUCAACAGAUUCACUCAAGGGUCUGAUUGAUGACGUGAAGCCGCUGAAUGAGCCGGUGUUGGAGCUGGAAGCAGAGGGGGAGUAUGGGUCUGAGCCAGAGGAGGACAAGCGUGACAUCAAGAUCAGGAGAACAGUUGUACAGGUCGUGAAGGAUGAGGAUGGUAAAGGGGAAGACACACGGCACACCCUCCUGGAGACGGACAACAACAGGACAGAGGAGGAGAAAGAGAAGGUGAAAGCAGAGCCGAAGAUUAUUCGUCGAAUAAACCAGGCCUCACUCCAGGAGCCCGACGAACCCCAAGCUGCCCGCCGCUCACCAUCCCCAGCAAGGAAUCCAGUCUGCAACAUCAUCCACAUCCGCAACCUCGUACGCCCCUUCACACUGGGACAACUGAAAGAACUGCUCAAGAGGACUGGCAGCAUCCUGGAUGGGAAUGGUUUCUGGAUUGACAAGAUCAAGUCUCAUUGUUAUGUGACGUACGAGGAUGACGAACAGGCUGUAGCCACACGCAAAGCACUUCAUGGAACUCGAUGGCCCGGCUCCAACCCCAAGGUGCUCAGAGUUGAGUACGCCUCACAGGAUGAGAUUGAGUUUCACCGAGCCCAGGAGGAGAGCCAGGUCGCGUCUGCCAAGCCCAAAAAAGCUGAGAAAGAGAAGAAGGAGAAGGACAAGAAGGAUGGAACGAGGGAAGUGAGGAGGAAGGAAGAACCCAAGCCUGUCCGAGAAUGGGACAGGGACAAGGUGAGGGACAGGUCACCACCAGAACGGGAGAGGCGGAAGUCAACUAGGUCCCGAUCAAGAGACCGGGAGAGGAGAAGGAAGGAAGAAGAGCGGCCUCGGGAGAGGAAGAAGGGUCCAGAGAAGAAAGUUGAGGAAGAAGCACCAGCUAAAUUGUUGGAUGAUCUGUUCCGCAAAACCAAAGCCACACCUUGUAUAUACUGGCUGCCCCUUACAGAAGAACAGAUUGAACUGCGUCAGCGUGAGAAGAAACAGCGACUGGAUGACAGACUGAAACGCCGGAAGGAGGAAGAAGAACAGGGACACAGAGCAGGCCGAGAGGCAGAUAUUAAACGGAAGGAACCUAUGGAAGUUGUUGGAAGAGAUCGAGAUAUGAACAGGGAUAGAGACAGAAAUAGGGACCGUGACCGGGAACGUAUGAGGCAACGAGAGCGCCAACCACCCCCGCGGCGCAGUGACAGUCGCAGCAGAUCUCGUCCAGUCAGGGGCAGGAGUAGAAGCACCAGUGUCGGCAGGAAUAGAAGGCGGCGAUGAGUUAUGUGUUUUAGUAUAAUGUACAUUUUGUAUGGUCAUCCCUACAAGAAGCAUUGUUUUAGUUGGGUAUGCAACUGUUCACACACCACAAUCAUGUUUUAUAGUUUUAUUAUUUAAGUCAUGUAAUUAUGUACAGUCAAUCUUCAGUUUUAAAACCCAUGUGAAUAGAGAUGUUUUGCAUUCAUUAUGUGCAGCUAUUUGUGAAAAUUGAUGCAACGGAUUCUUUGUAAAUUGCCCGGGAAAUUCACCUUGCCAUCUUGAGAUGUACAAUAUUCGAUGGUUCUAGUCGCUGUUGGAACACCUGUUGAACAACUCCUCCAUACUUGUUUAACACCUCAUUCCUGAGGGUUCGUCCCAUCAUUAUCAUUAUCAUGGCACCAUUGUUUUAAAAACUUGUGACUGGCAUAUCAUUAAAAACAUAAGUAGAAUCAACUAUUUUAAUUAGUUUAUAACCUCACGAGUCAUUUUGAAAUAUGUUUUCAGACAGGUGUAACUGCAUUCAUUUAAACUGUUCAAGUUUAUUCAGUCGUGAUCAUAAUAUUCCCAGAAAUUUCAGAUAAUUUGUGCUCAUGGAUCCUUUCCUUCGCAGUAAUUUAUUUGGUUUCUGUCCUUAAUCAGUGGUGAGUGUUUCAUGUGAUCUGACACAGCAUCCACAGCAUUUGUUGAUUUUCUCAUAUUUUAAUACAUGAAGCAUAAGACUCUCACUGUUGUCCUAAGGACGGACAACCGGUGCAGAGAUCGUAGCAUGGCAGCAUGGAGAAACAGCUUAUUCUUUCAUCUUUGUGUUUUCUGUGUGCCUGAACGCUUGCUUCUGUAAUCUAGAAAAUAAUGCCACACGAGCUGUGAUGUUGAUUUUGGCUGUAUCAGGAGAACUAAAUUGAUUAUCUGUGAAAGAUUUUGUUUUUCGACUUACUCCACUGUGUGUGUGUGCGUGCGUGUGUGAUGUUCCCAUGUCUUUUAUACACAUGCUCUGUAUUUCAUAGGCUUUCUCUAUGCUGUCAUAUUGUUGUAUAGUUUUAUGCAAAGCUCUGAAAUAAAAAAUUUCAUUAACA